AUCCAACCCCCCCCCCCAAAGAAGAGAAAAAGAAUCCCCACAUCAAAAGAAAAUAAUGGGUUCUUCAAUGAAAUUAUCAUUGGUCCUCUUUUUUACUUGCUCUCUCUUUGUUCAAAGAACACUAGCGGAUGUGAUUUGUGAGAAUUUGCCCACAAACUUGUGUUCUUUUGCAAUUGCAUCAUCUGGGAAGAGGUGUGUGUUGGAGAAUUGCAAAAAUGCACAAGAAAAAAAGUGUAAGACAUCAGAGGUUGUGGUGGAGAAAUUAUCUGGAUAUAUUGAGACAGAUCAGUGCGUGAAAGCAUGCGGCGUUUGCCGUGAAUCCGUCGGAAUAUCCUCCGACACAUUUCUCUCAUCAGAGUUCACUGCCCGUCUCUGUUCUCCUGCUUGCUACCAUAAUUGCCCUAACAUUAUCGACCUAUUUUUCAACCUUGCUGCCGGUGAAGGAGUAUCUUUGCCAGCUCUUUGCAAGAACCAAGAAGAAAAACAUCGAGAAAUGUUGGCAAUUUUGAGCAGUGGUGAUGUCAUCCCUGGUCCAGUUGCUGCUCCUCUUGUUGCUCCUGCACCAGCAUCUUUAUAAUUUUUUUUAUUAGAAAUUAUAAAUUCAAUUGUAAUCUCAUCAUUCAUUAAUUUCUAUGGAGAUAUUAUUACUAAAUUAACAGAACAUUUAGUCUAAAUUAGAUUGAUGAAAUCAAGUUAAUUAUAUGAUGAAUGUAUUACUUCUGCAUUUUUAUAAUAUAUAA